AUGUUGGCGAGGUCCUGCCUGCGCUCGACGCGCGCGUUUGCCGGCCUGCGAAAUGGCGCCGUGCACAUUUCCAAGCGCGCCGCGUCUUCCUCGAGCUCCGGAUCCGCUGCCGAAUCGCCGCUCCGGUUGAACAUCGCUGCCGCCGCCGCUACCACCGUCGCCGCGGGCUCGAUCGCCUGGUACUACCAUCUUUACGGACCCACUGCUGACGCCAGCACACCGGCUGAGGAAGGUCUGCACCCGACCAAGUACCCCUGGGUUCACGAGCAGUGGUUCAAGUCCUUUGACCACCAGGCUCUCCGGAGAGGCUUCCAGGUCUACCGGGAAGUUUGCGCCUCGUGCCACUCUCUCAGCAGAGUGCCGUACCGCACUCUUGUCGGCAGUGUCCUGACCGUCGACGAGGCCAAGGCCCUCGCCGAGGAGAACGAAUACGAUACCGAGCCCAACGACCAGGGCGAUAUCGAGAAACGCCCCGGAAAGCUGUCCGAUUACCUUCCGGCCCCUUAUGCGAACGAUGAGGCCGCCCGCUUCGCCAACAACGGUGCCCUCCCCCCUGAUCUCAGCCUGAUCAUCAAGGCCCGCCACGGUGGCUGCGACUACGUCUUCAACCUCCUCACCGGUUACCCCGAUGAGCCCCCCGCUGGUGCCCAGGUCGGUGCCGGCCUGAACUUCAACCCCUACUUCCCCGGCACCGGUAUCGCCAUGGCCCGUGUCCUGUUCGAUGGCGUCGUCGAGUACGAGGACGGCACCCCCGCCACGACCUCGCAAAUGGCCAAGGACGUCACCGAGUUCCUCAACUGGGCGGCCGAGCCCGAGAUGGACGACCGGAAGCGCAUGGGCAUGAAGGUUCUGGUUGUCACAUCGGUCCUAUUCGCGAUGAGCGUCUGGGUUAAGAGGUACAAGUGGGCGUGGCUCAAGUCGAGAAAAAUCGUCUACGACCCGCCCAAGACCAACAACAUCGCCCCUCGCCGCUAA